CCUUCCUGUUCAGUCAUAACAACAGUCAUGGCGGCUGCUGCACGGUUCUUCGUCCGAGGUGCACACUCGAAACUUUCUAUCUCAGGUGUUGGCACCGGGGCUCAGAGCUCUUUCGGGGCCACUCUGCUGAAAUUGUCGCCGAGCUCCAGCUCCCGGACAAAAUCACAAAGAAGACAUGCAGCGCACUUUAGCUUCCAGCCUGACCCCGUCCCAACACAAUAUGGUCCCACCCAGAAGAUGAACUUGUUUCAGUCAGUUACAAGUGCCUUGGACAACACUCUUGCCAGUGAUCCUACUGCAGUCAUCUUUGGGGAAGAUGUCGCCUUUGGUGGAGUAUUCCGAUGCACAGUUGGUCUGAGAGACAAAUAUGGUAAGGACAGAGUCUUCAACACUCCCCUGUGUGAGCAGGGGAUUGUGGGAUUCGGUAUUGGUGUAGCUGUUGCUGGUGCCACAGCCAUUGCUGAGAUCCAGUUUGCUGACUACAUCUAUCCUGCUUUUGAUCAGAUAGUCAAUGAAGCUGCCAAGUACCGCUACCGCUCUGGCAACUUGUUUGACUGUGGCAACCUCACCAUUCGGGCUCCGUGGGGCUGUGUCGGCCACGGGUCACUUUACCACUCUCAAAGCCCAGAGGCCUUCUUCGCCCACUGCCCUGGUAUCAAGGUUGUAAUACCUCGCAGUCCAGUGCAGGCCAAGGGGCUGCUCCUGUCCUGCAUCGCCGACAAGAACCCCUGCAUAUUCUUUGAGCCCAAGAUCCUGUACAGAGCAGCAGUGGAACAGGUUCCCGUGGAGUCCUACACCAUCCCACUCUCGCAGGCCGAGAUUCUACAGGAAGGAAGUGACGUCACUCUGGUUGCCUGGGGGACGCAGGUCCAUGUGAUGAGGGAGGUGGCCAAUAUGGCUCAAGAGAAACUGGGAGUGUCCUGCGAGCUCAUCGAUCUACAGACCAUCCUGCCCUGGGACAUUGAAACCGUUUGUAAGUCUGUGGUGAAAACCGGACGUUUGCUCAUCAGUCAUGAGGCACCAAUAACCGGAGGCUUUGCUGCUGAGAUCAGCACUACAGUACAGGAGGAGUGCUUCCUUAACCUGGAGGCUCCCAUCAGCAGGGUCUGCGGUUAUGACACCCCCUUCCCUCACAUCUUUGAACCCUUCUACAUCCCAGACAAGUGGAAGUGCUUCGAUGCAAUUAAGAGGAUGAUCAACUACUGAACCCCAAUCAGAGACGACUUCUGGUAGCCCUGAACUCCACGCUCUCUCCUUUUCCCUUCCGUUCAUCAAUCAGUGGAGUGCAGCCAGGAAACGACACUUUGUUGACCAUCCAAUCAGGAAGCAGCAUCCAGAUGGGCUCCAUGUCCCCCUGUGUCUUCCAGCUAAAAGACUGUUACAGCACCUCUGCAUUGGGGAACUUCAUUCUGUUGCAAGGGAAAAAAUGACUCAAGCGGCUCUAUAUGGUGAAACUCUACUUUGGCAUCUACACAGUGCACAUAAUUUGAUUUCCUGUCAAAUAAGUCUUGGAUACUGUGGGAAAAACUUUCAGAGUAUUUGAUUGAAUUUGUGACUGUCUGCCUUUCUGUGCUGUUACCUUUUGAUUGAGUGUGUCAAGCUCUGCUUUAAUCUUUAUUUAGUUUGACAUGAACUGAACCUUAUUGUACUAAUAUAGUGGAUCUGUGGUUUUUAAGGAAAAUAAAGUAAUCCGGAUUGUUGAAAACA